UUUUGGAAACAAGUGAUGGAAUAUACAACUUAUAUCCCUGAACGUAAUGAAACGAAUUCGCCACCAUCAAUCAGCUCUCAGUUAACCGAGUUGAAAGCGGAGCAUGAACAUCACGAAAAGUGGGUGAAUGAAAUUCUUAAAAAAGCUGAACUUGAUAAGAUAUCAGAUAUUAAACUUUUGAGAGCAGAUCUGGAUCAUCAGAAAAAGUUAAUAGAUGGACUUCUUAAGGCAUCACACUUACGCAACUGCAACGAGGCCAGAUCUAGUAAAGUCUACGAUAUUGUCAUCCCCAAUUUUAGUAGUCAACCCUUCUCGGUUGCCUGCGAUGCGGAAACUCAGGGAGGUAAUUGGACGGUCAUAUUGAGGCGUAUGGAUGGCAGUGUGAACUUCAACCGAACCUGGAAUGCUUUUAAAAAGGGAUUCGGAGACCUGGGAGGCGAGUUCUUUCUAGGCUUGGAUAAAAUACAUGCAAUGACUGCGGAGAGGAAUCAAGAGUUGCUUGUUGUUCUUGAGGAUUUCGAGGGAACUGAAAGUUUUGAGACAUAUGACAGUUUUGCGAUCGGCGAUGAAGAUGAACAAUAUGUUUUACACAAACUUGGCAAAGCAAAUGGAACCGCGGGUGAUUCACUACGACUUCAUUAUGGCAUGAAGUUUUCCUCACAAGAUCGUGAUAAUGAUAUUGGAGAUGGACACUGCGCCAAUGAUUUCAAUGGCGCAUGGUGGCAUCAAUUUUGUCACAGAAGCAACUUAAUGGGAAAAUAUAACGACACCACCGAGGGAAAAGGCGUUAUUUGGCAGGACUUUAGGGGUAAGGAGUACUCCCUCAAACGAGCCGUUAUGAUGAUCCGGCCGGGAAAGUGAAUAACAAGCCCUUUCUAUAUCAAAAACUAUUUCAUUAUUUCAAAUUCUAAGAUGCAUAUUUGUUGAGAAUUUAGGUACAAAAUAAAAACAAUUGUUAUUUUCUCAAUAUCUCGCA